AUGACGGUGAUGGUGAUGGGGACGGUGAUGAGGACGGCAAGCCUGAGCGUCGUGGCUCGUCGUGGCUCCGGCGGCGGUUCACUAGGAAUUCGAGUGACGUGUCUGAUUCUGCUCCGACGCAGGUGGCGCAGACGACGUAGAGCGAUGGCGAUGCUGGACGAAAUAGAAAGAGUGGUACAGAGUGACGAAUUGGGUGGUAUGUCUGAGGGUAUCAAAUGA